AAGCCAGAGGAAAUAGCAGGACAGGGUGGGGAGCCUGUGCCUGCUUCCAGACUCCGCUGUGCCCUGCUCACUGCUCUGCCUGCCCCCAGGAACAGCAGCCAUCCCAGCACAGAGGCAGAAGACUGUGCCUGGGUCCUGGCUGGGGCCAGUGGGGCUCCGGAGCCGCUCCAUGAAUCCCCAGAAGAAGGUGGACCUGAAGCUCAUCAUUGUCGGUGCCCUUGGUGUGGGAAAGACCUCCCUGCUUCACCAGUAUGUGCACAACACGUUUUACGAGGACUACCAGACCACGCUGGGAGCCAGCAUCCUCUCCAAGAUCAUCAGAGUGGAGGACACAACGUUGAAGCUGCAGAUCUGGGACACAGGCGGUCAGGAGCGGUUCCGCUCUGUGGUGUCCACAUUCUACAAAGGCUCCGACGGCUGUAUCCUGGCUUUCGAUGUCACCGACCUGGAGUCCUUUGAAGCUCUGGAUAUCUGGCGGGGGGACGUGCUGGCCAAGAUCAUCCCUGUGGAGCAGCCCUACCCCAUGGUGGUGCUGGGGAACAAAAUCGAUCUGGCUGACCGGAAGGUACCCCAGGAGUUGGCCCAAGGCUGGUGUCGAGAGAAGGAUAUCCCCUACCUAGAAGUCAGCGCCAAAAGCGACAUCAAUGUGGGGCAGGCCUUUGAGAUGCUGGCCAGUCGGGCUCUGUCCAGGUACCGCAGCAUCCUGGAGAGCCACCUCACCGACUCCAUCAAGCUCUCGCCCCACCAGGCCCGGAGAAGAUGCUGCUGACUCCCACACUGACACAGCCGGCCGCGGGCCCGGCCCCUCCGCUGGAGCACAGGUGACACCAGCCAGCAGCCCCCCAGCCUGGCGGCCUGAGCCAGAACCCUUGACCCCUCUGCUGGACCCAGAACCAGGGAGGGCACCGCCGGCCUGGAAGGUCACGGCCAACAUCCGGACCCUGGAGGAGACACAACUCCCUGAGUGGCCCCGGCUCUCUCACCACCAGUCGGCACACCUCAGCAGAGGCCACUGUCCUGCCAGCUCCUGGGCCUGACCUCCCUGUCCCUGCACCUCCCACCCCAAAGCCACAAGCACGGACGACAAUUCGGCCGCCCUUGGCGACCAGAACAAGGGGUGAGGCUGUGCACCCCACGUGCGGGGCCUGGCUCAGUGCCCAGCAGGGAGCUGGAGAGCCCACUCUGCUCCUGGCAGAGGGACUGGAGAGGCCCAGAACAGGCCCCCGGGCGCUCGCGGGCAUUCCUCCUCGCUGGGUGCUCGGCAGCCCACGUGCGUGUCUCAAGGCUCAGUUUGCUGCUCCCAGAGUGGGGGUGAAUGUGUGGUUCUGAGGCCCAGAGGCUGUGCUGAUGCGCACACCUGCUUCUUCCGCACGUUUUUCUGAACACCUGCCACCUACGAUGCCCUGAGGUCCAGGGACGAACCACACAGGCGAGGGAGCGGGGCGGCAGGCACAGAGUCUAAACAGGGGUUUCGACAGAGCAGGUAAAUGCUGUGUGCAAUGAGAAAUGGGGCGCUGGGGGAAGGUGAUGCUUUGGGAAGGAGGCGACAUUUUGGCCUGAGAGCUAGAGAAUGAGAACGUAGGUGCCACCCGGGAGCCGGAGGAAGGCGCUCAGCGAGAGAAAGGAGCAAGAGCCCAGGCCCUGAGGUGAGGGCCAGGAACAGUGAAAGGACGUUCCUUUAGCCGGGGCAGGAAAACCGCUCGGAGCCCCCUGGACGCGCCCUGCUGCUCUGCUGGUUGGCCACCAGAGGGCAGCAGUGCCCCUUCUCGGCCAGGCUGAACUCCAAGGGCCCCUGGCAGAGCUGCUAGGACGCGUUCCUGACCUCAGCCCUUCGAGAUUUGUGGGACAGGAGAAUCCCAGUUUCUUAAGCUUCGUAAGAAAUGGGCAGAAACUGCAAUGCGUGUGAUUCAGGCCAGAAAUCAGCUCUGACGGUGGCAGGCACUGGAAAAAGUGUAAGGGCACGAUCUGCUGCUGCUGGCUCCAGUUGGCCCAGACGGGGCCCAGCCUGAACAGGGCGGCCAAGGUGGCCCGUCGGGGCCUCCAGUGGCCAAGUCCGUGCCCCCCAGCAAAGGCUCUCUCAGCUCCAAGGCGAGCUGGCGAGGUCAGCCUGUGAGGGCCCCGUGUCAUCUGACUCCAGAGAUGAGAGGAGAGCAGCAUGGAUGGGGUGCGGGGCUCAUCCUCGGGGGCCCACAGGGGCAGGCCAGGCUGGAGCUCACGUCAGGGUCCCAGAGGCAGUGGCGUGUCCUCAUUGGUGUCCUGCUCGUCACCGGGGCGCUGGGAGCCGGAUGUGCCGCGGCUGGGUGUGCUCGUGGCGCACAGCAUGUCCUAAGCCGGUCCUUUGUUCUCAGCAUGGCGAAUGCGGGCGCCAUUUCACUCUGUCCAGCCUCAGUUACCCACGGUCGUCUGGGCAGCGGUGUGGAUGGAGAAGUCCAGAAAUAAAUGAUUCAACACUUUCCACCUGUGCACUGUUCGCAGUGGCAAUGAGCCAUCUCGCCCUGUCCUGCUGUCUCCCUCCCGGGGGUCGUGAAUCGUCCUCUGUCCAGUGAGUCCACGCUGUCUACACUGCCCGCCCGCUAACCACUCAGGCUCGUUCUCUGUCACCAGGUGGACCAUCUGGAUACUGAAGAGUGGGUCUUCCAGUUGCCUUGAUGCGACGGCCAGAGGCUCAUCAAGCAGGCACGGGUGACCACGCCCGGCACACAAAGGCAUUGAGAGAGAGGCCGCACUUAUAAUGGUCAUUCCUGUGCCUGAUCAUACAUUAAGCUACAUCCUAGAUCCGUGUGCAUGGGGAGAGACCGUCUCUGCUUGGAUAGGGUUUGAUUCUAUCCAUGGUUUCAGGCAUCCCCUGGAAACAAGGGGGGCCCCUGCACUCAGUUUUUUUAAAAAUUUAUUUAUUUGACAGGUAGUUAUAGACGAUGAGAGAGAGACAGAGAUAAAGGUCUUCCUUCCGUUGGUUCACUCCCCAGAUGGCCGCAACGGCCGGAGCUGCGCCGAUCCAAAGCCAGGAGACAGGUGCUUCCUCCUGGUCUCCCAUGCGAGUGCAGGGGCCCAAGCACUUGGGCCAUCCUCCACUGCCCUCCUGGGCCAGAGCAGAGAGCUGGACUGGAAGAGGAGCAACUGGAACUAGAACCCGGUGCCCAUAUGGGAUGCUGGUGCCGCAGGCGGAGGAUUAACCAAGUGAGCCACGGUGCAGGCCCCGCAUUCAGUUUUUAAAGAACCCCAUUGCCAUGGUUCAAAACGCAAAGCCUACAGAAGAGCAGACAGGAGGCAAACCAGGACUGGCCACACCGCGGGCAGGGCUCAGCACGCGUGGAAAUCUGGGUCCCUAGCUCCGAAGUCAUGAGGGAUUUGAGGACAUGCAGAGCUGGCGGGGGAGAAGGAGCCCCCAGGCCCGGAGCCCAUCUCCCCCCAGCCCACCUCCUCCAGCCGCAGGCUCACACAUGGCGGCUUCAGAGAACCGGGCCGGCAUGCCCAGGCCACUUCCACAGCAGCGUGGUGGGCUUCAGAGAACUGGGUCGGCAUGCCAGGCCGGCCCUAGCACGGCCCUGCUCUGCGCUUUGUCAGGAGAGACAGUGGACGUCCAGGCCAGGGCUCCAGAGACACCUGCCCUUGGGCUUGGACAAACAGAGCCACAUCUUACGCACCUGGAGGCUGGGCCAGGCCAGCCUGGAGGGAUCUGGGGAGAGGCCCAGGGCUCCCGCCCAGCAGAGCUCCUGACCUGACCCUCGGGGCCAUGCAGGCAGCCUUGUCCCCAGGCACAGGGUGCAGGCCACAGAGCAGCCAGGCUGGCAGUGAUGGCCAAAGUGACAGAGGCAGAGGGCCAGGCUGCCCAUGACGCUAGGGCUUGGGCAGGAAGUGGAGCUCAGGUGGAGGGCGUGGCCUGUGCCAUACAGCGUGCGUGUGUGUGUGGGGGGGUGGUACAGGAAUGUAUGGUCUGUGGGAUAUAGUUUGUGUGGUGUCUGUUUGGUAUAUGAUGUAUGGUGUGUGUGGUGUGUGUAGUAUGUGGUGUGUGUAUUAUGUGUGUUAUGUGUGUGGUGUGUAGUGUGUGUAGUAUAUGGUGUGUGUGGUGUGUGUAGUGUGUGUAGUAUAUGGUGUGUGUUGUGUGUGGUGUGUAUUAUGUGUGUGGUAUGUGUAGUAUAUGGUGUGUGUUGUAUGUGGUAUGUAUUAUGUGGUGUGUAUUAUGUGGUAUGUGUUGUAUGUGGUGUGUGGUGUUUUUUGUGUGUGAUAUGUUAUGUGUGGUGUGUGGUAUGUGUAGUAUGUGGUGUGUAUUAUGUGGUGUGUGUUGUAUGCGGUGUGUGGUGUUUUUUGUGUGUGAUAUGUUAUGUGUGGUGUGUGGUAUGUGUAGUAUGUGGUGUGUGUAGUAUGUGUGUUAUGUGUAUGGUGUGUGUUGUAUGUGGUGUGUAUUAUGUGUGUGGUGUGUGUAGUGUGUGUAGUAUGUGGUGUGUGUUGUAUGCGGUGUGUGCUGUGUGCGUGUUGAGGCUGUGUGUGAGGGAGCCAGGAGCACUGAGACGCCAGGUGUCAACCCCAGGGAGCGCAGGAGCAGAUGAGGGUGGGGGUGGGGCUAGAGAUGCGCCCACAGCCUUACUUGUGUGGUGGCUCCUGCAGAGUAGGGCAUCAGCCCAUUUCCC